ACCCUAUAUGAUCUCCAGGUGAUCAAGCGCACCGGCACGGGCACAGAGACACCCAUGAUUGGCGAUCGGGUCACUGUCCACUACACUGGCUGGCUGCCCGAUGGCACCAAGUUUGACUCCAGCUGGGACCGCAAGGACAAGUUCUCCUUUGACCUGGGCAAGGAGGAGGUGAUCAAAGCCUGGGACAUUGGAGUGGCCACCAUGAAGCUGGGGGAAGUGUGUCAGCUGACGUGCAAACCGGAGUACGCGUACGGGUUGGCCGGGAGCCCCCCCAAGAUCCCCCCCAACACCACGCUGCUGUUUGAGGUGGAGCUGUUUGACUUCAAGGGAGAGGACCUGACGGAGGAGGACGGCGGAAUCAUCCGGAGGAUCCGGAAACGUGGCCAGGGCUACGCCAAGCCCAACGAGGGCGCCACCGUGGACAUCACCCUGGAGGGCCGCCACGGCGAGCGGGUGUUCGACCGACGGGAGCUGUGCUUUGAGAUCGGCGAGGGCGAGAGCUUCGACGUCCCCUCUGGGGUGGAGCAGGCUCUGCAGCACAUGGAGAAGGGCGAGCAAUCCCUGCUGCUCCUCAAGCCUAGCUACGCUUUCGGCCUCGCGGGCAAGGAGAAGUUCCAGAUCCCUCCAAACGCUACACUCCAGUACGAGGUGACGCUCAAGAGCUUUGAGAAGACCAAGGAGAACUGGGAGAUGAGCGUGGAGGAGAAGCUGGAACAGAGCACCAUCGUCAAGGACCGGGGCACGGAGUACUUCAAGGAGGGCCGGUACAAGCGAGCGGUGGUGCAGUACAAGAAGAUCGUGUCAUGGCUGGAGUACGAGUCGGCCUUCUCCGCCGAGGACGGGGCUCGGGCGCAGGGGCUGCGGCUGGCCGCCCACCUCAACCUGGCCGUGUGCCACCUGAAGCUGCAGGACUUCUCGGCCGCCCUGGACAGCUGCCACAAGGCCCUAGAACUGGACCAGAGCAACGAGAAGGGUUUGUUCCGGCGGGGAGAGGCCCGGCUGGCCGUGAACGACCUGGAGCUGGCCCGGGACGACUUCCAGAAGGUCCUGCAGCUCUACCCUGGCAACAAGGCGGCCCGGGCUCAGCUGGCCAUCUGCCUGCAGCGCAUCCGUGAGCAGCAUGCCCGUGAGAAGAAGCUCUACGCCAACAUGUUCCAGAGGCUGGCGGCGGAGAGGGAGAGCAAACCGGAGGUGGCAGUGGCAGCAGGAGAGCGGCAGCAACCAGACGCCAACGUGCAGGACAACAAGCAAAACGGCGUGGCAGCAACACAGCAGCCCCUCGGGACCGAGGCGUAGCCACCCCCUCCCCCACCCCGGACCCUCUGCCCACUCUCCUCCUCCCCACGCCCUCUUAGUUUUGUAAAAUCUGAAGAAUUUCCAGUGAAUUAGACCUUUAUUUUUCUAUCCGGCAGACGGUGGCAUGGGGCGGGGGCCAGAGGAGCGGGGCAGGGUGCGGGAACGGGCCGUGGAUGGCGGGAGGGGGGCCGGGGACCCUCCGGCUCGGAUCACGGAAUGUUAAUUUAUUUUGUUCUCCGCGGCUUGACUCUCCCCGGUGGCGGGGGUCUUGGGUCAGGGUGAAGACGGUGGGCCGGGAAGGACCCUCAGACCCCCCCGCCCCCGGUGCGGCCUCCGUGAAGGUGAGGGGUGCGGAUGACAGGUGAGAGCAUAGCACCUGAUGAUAGGUGUCCCUUCUCCCCUCUCCUUGCAGCGGGUGCCUCGGGGGUCCCCUCUGUGGCUGCAGUGAGCGCGUCUCCCCUCCCCGGUGCUUGUUGUGCCCGUCCCCACCCCCCGCCCCCUACACCUGGAGCAGAGCCAAAGCUGCCUCUCCCCACUCCAAUCCACGCUUGAGCAAUAAAGCGGAAACCAGAA